AAGAAAGGCCUGGUGAUCUACUUCUGAAAACUCGGCCGUUGAAAAGCCUAUGGAGCACAGUUCUACUCUGACACAUGUGAGGUUGCCAUGAGUCGGAAUCAACCCGACAGCAAUGGGCGGUGGUGGUGGUACUGUUCUCCUUGAGGCAGAAAGCCCUGAUUCCUGUCACAUGCCAGCACAAGGGGUGAAAGAUUCAGGAAAGGGAGAGUUCUCUGGCCUGAAAAGGGUGAAAAGCUAGGUGACAUGGCAGGUCGCUCUCUGAAGGAUUGUCAGAACAGGAAAUUGCACUGAAAUCCCCUUGCCUUUCCUCCAAGAAAUUCGAUUAAAGUUUUUGCUUCAUGCAGCUGGGUAUAAUAACUUUAUGUGCUUUAACAUAGCUUCCCUGGUAUCCAGCAUAUCAGUGGCUAAAGUAAUUGCCCUAUUUUUUAUAUGAACAUAGCAUUUUCAGGAUUAUAAAUGAAAAUUAGAUUAUUGUCUACGGAGAAGAUUAUUUGCAAACUAUGCUUGUAUUUAUAAAUUUGACCCCCAAAUCAAUUGUCAUGACCUUUGUUCAUAUAAGUAGAAUAACCUUUUUAAAUAACAAUUGUCUCAUUAAUUGAGCACCUACUGUGAGCAAGGCCCCAGCCUAGGGCUUUGCAUAUAGGUAUUAUCCCAGUUUUACAAGUGAAGAAACAGGCUCAGAGAGGCCAAGGGACUUGGCCAGAGUCACAGAGCUGGAAUAGCAGAGGCGGGACUCAAACCCAGAUCCACGGCCUCCAGAGCCUUAGACUCUUGCUGCCACACCAGGCCUCUGCCUAGACACCAUAGCCCAGGGAAUGUGCAGGUGUCAUAAAGAACCCCCCCAAGUUUGAGUGUCACGGGGGAGAAGACAAUAGGCAGACCACCGACCUCCAGGCCUGAGCAGUCUGGUCCCCUCUUGAUGUGACUUACUGUACGAUAUUAGCAGAGGCAGGUCAGUUUCCCUGUCUGUGUAAUGGGGCUAGUAACAGCCAGUACCAGAUAACAUUCAGAGCACUUUGAGAUCCUCAGAUGGAAGCCCCUAGAAAAAACACAGAGCCCACAAUUGUCAAAUGACUCACUUCCAGGUAAACAACCCAGAGGGACACUCGCUGAGGGAGGGGCGCUGGGUCCUGCCUAGAGCUUGGCUCUGUAGCUGCUCUGAGCUGCUCCUCCUUUCUCCCUCCUGGGUCAUUUCCCUGCAGCAGAUGCAGGGGAGUCUCCUACCAACCUGCAUCAGACCAUAAGGGAAGGCAUUGUCAGAAUGCUGGCCCUGCCCGUGGGGCAAAACCAGGCACCCAUAACAAACUAUUCUCAUGGGAGCCUGUUUCAGUAGCCUUCUUACCAGCAGUUGGGACCUGCCUGAAGUUCCUGAAAGGCUCCUUUUGUUUUCUGGGACUUUGUUCCAGAGUCACUGAGAAGGCAGGGCUUCAGCAUGAAUGGGCUGGAGGGGAAGAGAGCAGGGGAUGCCUGGGUCUCAUCCCUGUGUGCUGCCCAAAAUGUCCUCUACUUCCUCCCUGAUGCCUCCCCCGGCACGUACCCACCACCCAGCGUCAAAAGGUUCCUCACUGCCUUUUCCUGAUCAGUGCAGAGACCUCCCCCUUCCUUCUGGCUGAAAAGCCAUCUCAGGUAUCCCAGAUCACACUCACAGAACCUCUGGGUGGAAGGAGGCUCAUAAGUAGUUUCAUUAAAUCCAACUCCAUGCCCAGAUUUCACUGAAAUUGUCCCCUACUCUUCCCUAAACAGUAUGGGGAAGGAGAGUCCACGGGUGCACAUCUAAUGUUUCACAGAUACCUAGUCACUGAGCGGCCAGGAUCACGGAAAGACCAUAGGCUUGAAAGUCACCUGGGCCUGGGUUCGAAUCCUGCCUCAGCCCCUUAAGAGCGCUGUGAUAUGGAUGAGUGGCUCUAUCUCUUUGUGCCUUGGUUUCUUUGUCUGUAAAAUGGGGAUAGUGCCUGCCUCAGAGUUUAUUGUGACGAUAGACAGGAUGAUACACGCGAAACAUUUUGCACGAGGCCUGAGCCUCAGUAAGUGUGAUGUGUUGGCUGCUGUUUACUAAGCCCUCGCACAGCAUGUCCAAGGUCCCUAGGGAGUGCAAACAGUUUGCGCUCGACUGCUAACCUAAAGGAUGGCAGUUCGAACCCGCCCUGCAGUACCGCAGAAGAAAAGGCCCGGCAAUCUGCUUCUGUUAAGAUUACAGCCAAGAAAACCUUAUGGAGCAGUUCUACUCUGUAACACGUGGGGGCGCCAUGAGUUGGAAUCAACUUGAUGGUGACUAACAACGACAGCACCUCAUGGCAUGUCAGUGUCUCGCACCUGUGCCAAGGGUUACAGACUCUGUCUGCACCUCUGUCACCCAAUUUCUGUCGACUCCUGUAAUCCCCACUUUGUCUUCCAUUUCUAGAAAGCUCUCGCAGAGCAAGGACUUGAGUGUCAAGGGGAGAGGCAGCUGGGGCAGCUGUAGGUCAGAUGCAUUUACGUUGGGCUCAUUCCUCGGGUAAUUUCUUGGUAAAUGUUGGCAUGAGUCUGCCUGCAGUUUGAUAAAGGCUGGUCCAGACCAAGAGUGGCUGUGGUCUGUCUCCAGGGCUCAAUCUGGAAAAGUUUUUCUCACAUUUCCCACGUACCUACCGCUGUUAGCAGUUUGGUUGACUUCGGGGUGCUUCCCAGGGAGAAAAGACUUAGAAGUUACUUCAUCCAGGACUUCCCACUUCACCCCAUUUCAAAUUCCAAAAGCAAGCAAGCAAACAAACAAACAAAAAUAGUUGCUGUUGAGUCAUUUCCAACUCAGGCUGAUCCCACGUGUUGCAGAGUAGAACUGUGUUCUGUAGCUUUUUAGUAACUAUAAAUUUUCAGAAGCAGAUCACCAAGCCUUUCUUUCGAGGUACAUCUGGGUGGGUUCGAACCACCAACCUUUCAGUUAGUAGCCAAGUGCUUAGCCAUUUGCAUCACUCGGGGGUACUCCUGGAAAGUAAAGAAAGGCAGCAAGGUUGUUUCCAGUAUUGACUAUUCGUUCGUUCAUUCGUUCAUUCAGCAAGCAUUCAUGGAGCGCCUGCUCCCUUCUACUGCUGGGCAUUAGAGACAAACAACCGUUUCUCCCAGGUGCUCAGAGCCUAGGGGAGGAGCUGUCAGUAUCAAUGCUGCCAGGCUCGGGGGUUGCUGAGCUUCCUAGGUCCCCAAACUUCCUCCUCUCCUGUGUCAGCCCCUGGGGCCUGUGGAAGAAUGCACUGGGCUCCAGGCCAGCCAGGUGGAAUUGGGAAGAUUGUGCUUGGGGAAGAAAACAAUGAGUCAGGGGAUAACUUUAACCAUGGUCCAAGGGCUUCUCGGGAAGCUGCCAGGACACUGGUCACACCCCCUCUUCCCAGAGGAGUCCUAGGAUACAACCAGCAGGAUUUAACAGGCCAAAAGGGAGACCUGACCUUAUCACCAAUACCAAUUACAAUGUCAGUGUACCUCAUGGGCAGCCACCACCCGUUUGCCAUAAAGGCUUGUGUGUUUCUGUGAUGCUGAACAGGUUUCAGUGGAGCUUCCAGACUAAGACAGACUAGGAAGAAAGGCCUGGCGAUCUACUGCUGAAAAGCAGCCAGUGAGAACCGUAUGGUUCACCAUGGUUCGAUCCGCAGCUGAUCAUGGGGAUGGUGCAGAACUGGACAGCAUUUCAUGCCAUUGUGCAUGGGGUCACCAGGAGUCGCCAUUGUGCAUGGGGUCACCAGGAGUCUGGGGCUGACGCGACAGCAGCUAACAACAACAGCCUAGUGAUUACGCGUCCAUCGCCUCCCUCAAUGCACACAACAACACAGUGAAGUAGGCACUGUUACCACCUCAAGUGGUGGAGCCAGACUUCAAGCCCAAGCAGUCUGACGUCCGAGUUUGGCCCCUUAGCUGCUAUCCUCUAAGCCUCUGCAAAGUGGUCAGCUGGCUGAGGAGCUUGGGCUGUUUCUGGGUGGCCUUGGGGGCAGGGUGUAACCUUGUUAACAUAACACUGUCUCGUUGCUAUCUGCUGCCCGCCCCCAGUCUGACACCAUAUGUCACUGGGUCACUGGUUCGUGCACUCUUCAGAAAUUAUUUGCACACCUACUGUGUGCCCAGCACAGCCUUCAAGCAGAAGCCAGGACAGAGUAUGUAUCACUGGUUGUCACUAGAUCCCCGUGGCUGGGAGGAAAAUGAGGUGGAUGUUGGUGGUGGAGAUUUUGUUUUGUGUAAUUCACGGGGAGUUGACUCUCGGUAUACGGUCACGGGUAACUCUGGGAGUGAUUUUGCUAACUGUCCCUCGCCUUAUGGUCUAGGCCCACAGCUUUCUCAGAGAAGAAGAACAGGUUUGCCCUGACUAACACGGCCCUGGAGUGGGAGGGCAGGCGGACACCCCGGCUCUAUUGUUCAGCCCAGAUCCCCCACAGCCGACAACACAAGCAAAGAAGCCUACCGCAAGCUCUUAAUAUUUUUACAACUGGGUUGGCCUCCCUCUUGCCUUCGUGUUUCUUGCUGGUCCCCUUUAUUAAGAUGAAAGGUUUUCAGAUCUUUCGCGGGCUCAGAGCUGGCGCAUGUGUGUGUGUGUCUAUGUGUGUGUGCAGGAGGCCCUGAGCGCCUCCCUUCCUCUCCACCCCUCUCCCCCAGCCCAGCUGGGGCCCAGGCAUUGUGUCAGGGGCCGCCCAAGCCGCAGGGGACUGGGGUGGAAGAACAGCCUGGGAUUUCACUGCAUGGGGGCAAGAAUCCCUUCCAGCCAGGACGUGGGAAAGCUCUGGCCAUGGCGCUGGGGCUCUUCCGGGUGUGCCUAGUGGUGGUGACGGCCAUCAUCAACCACCCACUGCUGUUCUCACGGGAGAACGCCACAGUCCCCGAGAAUGAGGAGGAGAUCAUCCGCAAGAUGCAGGCACACCAGGAGAAGCUGCAGCUGGAGCAGCUGCGCCUGGAGGAGGAGGUGGCACGGCUGGCGGCUGAGAAGGAGGCCCUGGAGCAGGCAGCCACGGAGGGCCAGCAGCAGAACGAGACCCGUGCGGCCUGGGACCUCUGGAGCACCCUCUGCAUGAUUCUUUUCCUGAUGAUCGAAGUGUGGCGGCAGGACCACCAAGACGGGCCUUCGCCCGAGUGCCCAGGCGGUGACGAGGAUGAGCUGCCUGGCUUGGGGGGCACCCCACUCCGCAGCCUCACCCUGCCCGACAAGGCCACACUCGACCACUUUUAUGAGCGCUGCAUCCGGGGAGCCACAGCCGAUGCCGCCCGUACCCGGGAGUUCAUGGAAGGCUUCGUGGAUGACUUGCUGGAAGCCCUGAGGAGCCUCUGCAAUCGCGACACAGACAUGGAGGUGGAGGACUUCAUCGGUGUAGACAGCAUGUAUGAGAACUGGCAGGUUGACAGGCCACUGGUGUGCGACCUCUUUGUGCCUUUCACACCCCCCGAGCCUUACCGUUUCCACCCAGAGCUCUGGUGUUCCAGCCGCUCAGUGCCCCUGGAUCGCCAGGGCUACGGCCAGAUCAAGGUGGUCCGAGCUGACAAUGACACACUGGGCUGUAUCUGCGACAGGUCCAAGCUUGGGGAAGACAUGCUGUGUCUCCUCCAUGGCAAGAGCCAUAUGGUGCAGCCUGGCAGCGAGAUGGAGGACCUACUGUGUGCCAAAGAGUCCCCAUACCUGGACACCGUGCAGGUCAUGAAGUGGUUCCAGACGUCCCUCACCCGAGCCUGGCACCGCAUUGCCCACAAGUACGAGUUCGACCUGGCCUUUGGCCAGCUGGACACUCCGGGGUCCCUGAAGAUCAGGUUCCGCUCGGGGAAGUUCAUGCCCUUCAACCUGAUUCCUGUGAUCCAGUGUGAAGACUCAGACCUGUAUUUCGUCUCCCACCUUCCCAGGGGGCCCUCUCGGUGGACCUCAGCAUCCAGCACUGACUGGCUCCUGUCCUUUGCUGUCUACGAGCGACACUUCCUCAGGGUGACAUCCAAGGCACUGCCCGAGGGUGCCUGCCACCUCAGCUGCUUGCAGAUUGCCGCCUUCCUGCUCUCCAAGCAGAGCCGCCUGACCGGCCCCAGCGGGCUCAGCCACUACCACCUGAAGACCGCCCUGCUGCACCUCCUGCUUGCCCGCCGGGCCACUGACUGGAAGGCCGGGCAGCUUGACACUCGCCUGCAGGAGUUGCUUCGCUUUCUUGAGAAGAGCCUGCUAGAGAAGAAGCUCUAUCACUUCUUUAUUGGCAACCGCAAGGUGCCCGAGGCCAUGGGACUCCCCGAGGCCAUCCGCAGGGCUGAGCCUCUCAAUCUCUUCCAGCCCUUUGUCCUGCAGCGAAGUCUCUACCGUAAGACAGUGGACUCCUUCUAUGAGAUGCUCAAGAACGCCCCGGCACUCAUUAGCGAGUAUUCCCUACAUAUCCCUUCAGACCAUGCCAGCCUGCCCCAAAAAGCUGUCGUCUUGUAGAGCAUCGGGGACCCAGAGGGCCAGGCGGGAGGGCAUCCCACCACGUCUGUGCCCCUGUGGGCAUCUGCAAGCCUUCCUGGAAAAAUGGCAGGCUUUGUUGGGAGCCAUGAGUCAUCCUGCCAGGAAAGCCAGGUCCAUCCUAUAGACCAGAGGAUACAGGAUCCAAGCUGAAAGCUGGUUUGCUUUUAUGCCCUGGGGGCCUGUUGGUGAAGCUGUGGUUUGGGUUUGCUUGGGGACGGAUCCUUUGCCACUUAACUUUUAGAUCGCCAUGAAUGGCCAAGUUGGUAUGAGAACCCCCUAUGGAGACCGAGUUAGAGACAACGCAAAUGUCGACCUGGGUGUAAUGUUUUUACAUCACAUGUCCAGUCUUUACUUGAAUGUCAACAGAGAAUCUGCAAGAAUGAUGGCAGGGACUGGUGUUAAGAGGGGCCUGGCACCCCUAUUCCCAGUAGCCUUGCCCCCAGCCACCUGUAGCCAGAGCACCAAUAGGGACAGAUGUGGGAAUUCACAGCCUUUGGUUCACAGCCUGCACAGCAAUAGGGGUCCCGUGGUGGCUGCCACUUUCUUACACUGUUUGGAGAAAAGACCUGGUACAGAUUCA